AUGUUGAUGCAGCUGCUUCUUCCAGGUAAAACUGAGUCAGUCAAAGCUCUUGGAGUGAAGUUGGGUCAAUUCGUGCUUGUCUUCUGCUGUGAUGAGAUCUUUGACUUCCAAGCUAUGGGCAGAAUCUUUGUUGGACUCUGUCAAGUUGGCGCCUGGGGUUGUUUUGAUGAGGCCAAUCGAUUGGAGGAAAGAAUCCUCAGUGCUGUGUCUCAACAGAUCCAAAGCAUUCAACAGGGACUCAAGGCCAUCUCAGUGGACCCCAAGGCAGAGGUAGAACUAGUUGGAAAAACUCUAAAAAUCAAUUCACAUACUGUAAUUUUUAUCACCAUGAAUCUUGGGUAUGCCGGCCAAUCAAAUUUACCUGAAAAUUUGAAGAAAUUGUUCAGAAGUAUGGCCAUCACUCGACCAGACCGGGAAUUGAUUGCCCAGGUCAUGUUUUUUUCUCAAGGGUUCCGUACUGCUAAAACCCUUGCCUCCAAAGUGGUUCCGUUUUUUAGCUUGCAGUCCAAGCAGCCCCACUACAAUUUUGGAUUACAGGCUCUCAAGGCAGUUCUCACCAGUUCUGGUCAUUUGAAGUGUGGCCGACUGCAAAUCAAAAGCUCCAUGGCUGCUACUAGCAAUAUCACCAAUUCUUCCAACAGUGGUGCUGAACAAAAGAUUUUGAUUCAAAGUGUCACUGAGACCAUUUUUCCAAAAUUGGUUGCUGAUGAUGUGCCUUUGCUCACCAGGUAUGUCAAUUUUCACUGUGAAAUACUUGUGUUGCCAACCAAGCAAUCUAAUUUAUAUUUGUGA